AUGCUAACCGAUCUAACAAAUGAAGUUAAUGAGGAAUUAAAAGUGGAAAUUAGAGAAGCUUUUGAAUUAUUUGAUACAGAUAAAGAUAAUGCAUUGGAUUUUCAUGAAUUAAAGGUAACUAUGCGAGCCUUAGGAUUUGAUGAAAAAAAACCUGAAAUAUUAAAAAUUAUACGUCAACAUGAUAAAACUGGUGAAGGGCUUAUUUCAUAUGAUGAUUUUUAUAAAGUUAAUGUGUAUUAUUUUACACCAGUGACAACCUUGGAGAAUUUAUCAAUGUCUGGAUAUACAACAAAUCCUGUUUUGCCUGUCUCAUUUCUUGCUCAUAAAAUAUUAUCUUUCUCCCCAUCUUCUUUCGAAAUAUAG